UCCGGAGGCGAGAAGGGCACGGGGGGCGCGCGCUCGCUGUCGCGACGCUUUGCCUCUAUCCGCUCCGCAUCUUCUUCUUCCUUCCCCAUCGAUGUCCUCUUCUUUCUUCUUCUUCUUUUAUUAUGCAAGAACAACGGAGAGAGAGUUCGAGGCGCGCGAGCGCGGCCGUAUGUACGUGCCAACAAAUCGACCGACAAAGUAGGCGCUCCACUCGUUGAUUACUCGCAGAACUCAUCGGCGUCUGAUGCUAGAGGAGCAAUGUCUGCGCCGGCGGCGUCGAGGGGCAUGGGCAUGAACAUGGUGACGACCCUCAUGGCCUUCUCGGUCAGCGCCUUCUUCGUGCUCUUCGUCUUCACCAGGCUCAUCUGCGCGCGCAUCCAGCUGAGGGCUGCCGCGGCAGAGCACGCCGCGGCCGCUGCCGCGCAAGCCAGCGACGCCGCCUUCCCGGCCAUUCAUGUGGAGCGAGGCGGCCUCCGUGGGAUGGAGCCGGCCGUGGUGACCGCCUUCCCCACGGUCAAGUUCGGCAACGACUUCCAGCGGCCGCCCGCGCAGGAGGAGUCGCAGUGCACGGUUUGCCUGGAGGAGUACGAGGCGAAGGACGUGGUGCGCGUGCUCCCCUUCUGCGGCCACGCCUUCCACGUCGCCUGCAUCGACGCCUGGCUCAAGCAACAAUCCACCUGCCCCAUCUGCCGCGCCUCCAUGCGGGCCACCGCCAAGCACCGCGCAGGCUCCGCCGUGGCCAUGCCGCCCGUCUACUACGCCAUCGCCAUGGCCCGGCCGUCCACGUCCUCAUCAGACGGCAGCAACACACUCCAAGGCGAAGCUGUGUCGACGUUGGCGCCGGCAGCCGCGGAUCACGUGGAGAUCGUUGUUGCCGAUGAGCCGGCGCCGGAGGAUCACGUGGAGAUCGUUGUUGCCGAUGAGCCGGUCUCCUCCGGCGCGGGCGCCGGCGCUUCCUGUCCCAGCAGAACCCCUGCUCCCGCUGCUGCUAGUGGGAAUCCUGCAAGCACCGGGACGACGUCGCAGGGUAUCUUCGUUUUAGAAACGGAGCAGAGCUCGCAAGGUAAUGCGUCGCAGACUCGGAGGAUUGCCAAUGCUGACACGUACGUUGUAGGUUCCUAGUUCCUCCUACACACGAGACACGAGUAGUUGAUUGAGAUUGUGUUGUGUUUAGGCCGUAGUGACCAUAAUAAUCUUGGGAGUUAGUGGUGAUCUGUACAGGGAUUCUGAUUUGAUCCAUUUUCAUUCUCCUCACUGCAUACUUGGAUAUACAUUCUUGUGUGGAUACAAAAGAAAACAUGACUACAUGAGCACAUGUUCUUUUAUUUUAUCGUCACAAAGGUUCGCUCGA